AUGCAAUCACAACAAUUAACCUCUCCAUUUUUACCUGUCAUUCGCCAUAUAUUUUAUCUCCCUGUAGGAGCCACUCCAAAUCGCGUUAGAAGAGAAGCUAGAGGAUAUGUCAGCCAGACGAGUUCCGUGACGGAAGCUGCAAGCGACGAAGUCGACUUGGAAAUGGAACCAGAGCGAGUGACUACGUUAACCGACGUACACAAAAAUGCUAUUCGAGCCAUUAGAAAGAUCAAAUAUUUUGUAGCCAGAAGAAAAUUUCAACAAGCUAGAAAACCAUACGAUGUACGUGAUGUUAUCGAACAAUACAGUCAAGGUCAUUUAAAUAUGAUGGUUCGAAUAAAGGAAUUGCAAAGAAGGUUAGAUCAAACUCUCGGAAAGCCAGGAAGCUACCUGGCAGGAAUUGACCGAUCAGGCAAUGUUAAGCCUAUGACAAUUGGUGCUCGUUUGUAUAGGCUAGAACAGCAGCUAUCCAUUAUGGACAAGAAGCUGGAUCAGUUGGUGUACCUUUUAAACGUCCAGACGCACAGACAACAGUUUCCGGCCUUAGAAGAACAAGUUUAA